AUGAGGUCCUCAAACUUCGACUACGACAAAAUUGAGUCUUUCAUCAGAGACAAAAAAGCAUCACAAUGCACCCUGGUUGCCUCGGAGGUGCUGUACGAAAAUCCCGGAAUCCCUCAGCAAGAGACAUCAGAGUGCACCCUGGUUGCCCCGGAGGCGCUGUACGAAAAGCCCGGAAUCCCUCAGCAAGAGAUAUCAGAGUGCACCCUGAUUGCCCCGGAGGUGCUGUAUGAGAUUCCCGGCAGCGCUCAGCAAGAGACAUCAGAGUACAUCAUGGUUGGCCCGGAGGUGCAGCACGAGGCUGUUGGCAUCACUGCUGAUCGCUGGAGGUGUAUGUUGGAGGCGAUAAGGUUCAAGCCGACCCCCCUCGAAUACCUCAAGAAUGGCGGCGUGAUAGAUGUGGUCAUGAAACGGAAGGAUAUCAAUUGGGUUGAGACACACGCACUGUUGACGAAAGAACCCAUUCUACCAGCCAGAAGAAACCUAGGCCACCUGAAAGUCAAGGUUGGUGCAUGCAAAGCAGAGGACGAUCCCGCCGACGCCCCUUUGCGAUGGGUUGUGGCAGCACCAACGCGAGGCAGGAUCGAGUUCUCCUAUAUAGCCACCACAAGAUCACCACACACCAUAACAAUAUAA